AGUCUGUGAGAGUAGAGGUGCUCCAGGACAAUAUUUCCUCUAGAAGUGAGAAUGAAACAGUGAGUAGAUCCCAGAAUUUGACAGACAGCUUGCAGGCUAUAACUCAAACCAGAGAAGAAGCAAACCCAACGAAGAAAGAGGACUUACCAACAACAGCCAGAGUCAAUUCGGUGACUGCAGUAAAACCAUCUACAGCAAGAGAGGGUUCUCCACCACUCUCUCGUGCGGUGACUGCUAGUUCAGUAUCUCAGAUUGAUGUUGAUGCUUCUGAAGAUACUAAAAUUGAGGAAGAGGAUCUUCUAACAGAUUUGAAAGACACACUAAAUAGUUCACCACCCAUCAUAAAAGAAACUGUAGAGUCAGAUGGAGACGAUUAUGGUCCUUAUGAAGUGACGUCAAAUUCCAGGUACAACCCAGGCCUAGAGAUGCCAGAAGACGAUGACUCUGACACCAUUAGUAAUUACAAUGAGGAGAUCAAGAGCCUUGAUGAGAAGAUAAAAGAUGUUUCUGUCACGGGGUUGGAAGAAGAAGAAGAAGAUGGCCAUUUCUUUUUUCAUCUGGUUGUAGUUGCCUUCCUAGUAGCUGUUAUUUAUGUCACCUAUCACAAUAAGAGGAAGAUCUUCUUACUGGUGCAGAGCCGA